AUGGCCCACGCAGCUCGCAAGCGGAGCGCGACGUUAAAGAGCGAGCGACGCAGGUUUUCAUCGCCCCCUGCAGGUUCGGAGGCCCCACUACCGGCGGUGACGCAUGCGCGGAGAGAAGAAAGGGCGCGGCCUGAGGCGGGGGCGUGUGUCCUCCCGCCCCGCUGGGCCUGCAGCUGGAGGAACCGCAGACACGCUCGGCCCGCAGGCGCGGCUUGGUUUCGGGGGGGGGGGGGGGGGAGACACGCGUUGCCGCCCUCCUCGGCUGCGGUGGCGAGACAGGGCUGGCGGGGGUCACGCUGUCGGGUGACCAGAAACCCGGAAACCGCUGCCCCAGUCACUGUGUCGCCGCCUCCUUCAGCACUGGGUUCCGCGCGGUCGCUCGGAUCCGUCGGUAAUCGUAGCUCCGGCUGCGUUCGCCGGCGCUCCCCGAGGAGGCGGGCCCUCACGGGAAGAAAAGUGCUGUGGCGGAAGGACGCCGUUGCCCUCGGUCCUGCUGUCCCCGACGCAGGCGACUCCACGAGCGCGGGGUUCAGUCAGCCCCGCACCGCUGUCGAGCGUCCCCGCCCGACUCCGGUAGCGGUAAGCCCGGGGCGUGGGGCCUUGCCCGGUUCCCGCUGCGACCCCGCGGCCCGGAACCGCGGCCGGCCCUUGGCGGACGCUGAUUCUUUUCUGAUUUAGAAGCAAUUCCCAAUGAAAAAAAUGAAAUAUGAAUGAAAAUGACAAGACACAAGAGAAAAAGCUGCUGGAACCAAAGGUCCAGUAGGGGAGGAGUUGCAAUGAACAGUUCUGAAACCAGCCUUGAUCUGAUGGAAAUUACAAAUCAAAAAUAUAAUCAGAUUCCCUGAGACAGUGUGCUAACAUGGAAAUUUUAUGAGGAAAUUAUAUGGAGUUAACUGGGAACAGCUUAGCAACAAACCUAUUAAAAUUGCGUGAUGGUAUUUAAUGUACAGAAACUGCAUUAUAUGUAUUAUAGAACUUAAUUAUCGGUGUUAGCAGUGCCCUCAGCGUACAUCCCUUGACCCACCCAAAUAGAGUGUGAACCGGCUCUCAGGGUGCCUGGCUAAUCAUCUGUGGGCUACAAAUAUCCCUCUUCCCCACACAAAGGACCUUUGGAAUUUAUUAAAAGUUAUGACUUGCAAA